AUGGAAAGUAACGCUGAUCUGGAAGAAGUUCAAAUUAACGUCAAUGGAAUGAACCGUCCUCACGCUAAAUCGAUAGAACAGAAUUUUUCUAGUUCAAUACGUAAUCAUUCAGUUUCUUGCACAGAAGCUCCCGCUGUGUCGCUUGAAACAUCAAAUGAUUUGUCUAAGUCACCUACCAUUUCGUCAAGUUCUACUGUAACUAAAGAAGAAUUUUGGUUGGAUUACGAUUUUGGGUCAAAUAUUUCAUCACGUGUUGUGAAUGCUCGUGUGUUGAAAGGUGCCUCGGUUAAUUUAUGGACAUCAACAUCUACAAGUCAUGAUUCUUCCUCGUGUGUUUUGCUACACUAG